GAGUAGCUCUUUUGAAGAUUGGAAAGUUCAACAAAAAACUGACGACUCAAUAUCAAUCGAUGAUAGUUGACAUUAUUGUUUGUGAGCUUUUACGUAUUCCACGACACGUUACAAAUGAUGAUCUUAGUGAAGUUGCUCAACAAAUAGUGCUGUUAUUUGAAGAAGAGUGUGUCGAAACAUUCUAUAUACCACCCGUGAAAAAAAGAGAUUCAAGAUCAAAUUUAUCAGAAGUUUCAAAAGGAAAGCUGCCAGAUAAACUUCGUAAUUUGAGAACAAUAAUUCGUGAAGCAGCUCGUAUUGGAAAAGAAGUAACGAUAUAUACAGAGAAAGAGAAUCACGACCAAAAAGAAAUAGCAACAGCAGAAGAAAGCAAAAUUUGGCUUGUGCAUAACAGAGAAUCGACUGAAGUAUUAAACCAUUGGAAUUCAUCGUACAUUCUGCGUGAAAUAGAUUUAGAUGAGAAGAACUAUGCUAGCAUUGAAGACGUGUUAAACAAUUGGCCAAUUUUAAAAGAAUCAAAAAGCUUUGAGCUGAUUGAGAAAGACUUUGAUAGAAAGUUUCCUAAUGCUGGUAACACUUUCAUCCUAGAAUGGGAUAAGUUUUUUGGAAAUCUAUUGAAUUUAUAUGGACAAAAAAUUACAGACCAGGAUUCUAUAUACGUAAAACUCUUAGAUAACAAGGACAGCCAACUUCGAGCAGACAGUAAAACUGCUAUACAGUUCUAUCUAUUAGCGAGUUUAAUGGCUCCAAAGUCUAAUAAAACAAGGGUUAAGAAAAAAGAAAAAACAACGAAUAAUGAACGAUUAGGUUUUUGGAAACCGAGUAUUGCUGAAUCGCGUGAAGGCUUCAUUCUUCACGUACAGAUUCCCGGAGACAUAGAGACUCGGAUAUAUUCUAAACAAAAAGCAUUGAUUCAAAAAGGAUUGCAUCUGCAGCCAUUAGUGAUUGCUAUAGGAGAAGAUUUGACGAAUAUUACUAAGUCGUAUGUAAGAUUUGAAUCAGUUACAUAUGAACUGCCAUCACUUUUAAAAGCUAUUGAUGUUCUGUUCAAAAUAUAUUUAGUUUUUAAUUUAGCUUACCCGUUAGAAUGCGAGAAUUUCUGUUACUUGAUACAGUGGGGAGUCUAUCAAAUUAAAACUAAAUCGGACACGAAAAUUCCGUUGGUAUUUAAUACAUUAAAUAAGUUAAAGCCCAAAGAUAAAUAACACUUUGUUAUAGU